CCCCUACAAUGGAACCUGGCGGGGCUCAGCUGACGCCGCACUUCACGUGACGUCCGUGCCCAGUGAACAUGGCGGCCUCCGCCGGACCUAACUUCUGGCUGGGGAACGAGACCCUGAAGGUGCCACUGGCGCUCUUUGCCCUGAACCGGCGGCGCCUGUGUGAGCGGCUGCGGAAGAACACGGCUGUGCAGGCGGGCUCUGUGGUGGUGCUGCAGGGCGGCGAGGAGACCCAGCGCUACUGCACCGACACCGGGCUGCUCUUCCGCCAGGAGUCCUUCUUUCACUGGGCUUUCGGCGUCACCGAGCCAGGCUGCUAUGGCGUCAUUGAUGUUGACACCGGGAAGUCGACCCUGUUUGUGCCCAGGCUUCCUGCCAGCCAUGCCACCUGGAUGGGCAAGAUCCAUUCCAAGGAGCACUUCAAAGAGAAAUACUCCGUGGACGACGUCCAGUACUCUGACGAGAUCGCCAGCGUGCUGACAUCACGGAACCCCUCCGUCCUCCUCACUUUGCGCGGUGUCAACACGGACAGCGGCAGCGUGUGCAGGGAGGCCUCCUUCGAGGGCAUCAGCAAGUUCAAUGUCAACAACACCAUUCUUCACCCAGAGAUCGUUGAGUGCCGAGUGUUUAAGACCGACAUGGAGCUGGAGGUCCUGCGCUACACCAACAGGAUCUCGAGUGAGGCCCACCGGGAGGUAAUGAAGGCCGUGAAAGUGGGAAUGAAGGAAUAUGAGAUGGAGAGCCUCUUCGAGCACUACUGCUACUCCCGGGGCGGCAUGCGCCACAGCUCCUACACCUGCAUCUGCGGCAGCGGUGAGAACUCCGCCGUGCUGCACUACGGACACGCUGGGGCCCCCAACGACCGCACAAUCCAAGAUGGAGACAUGUGCCUGUUCGACAUGGGUGGCGAGUAUUACUGCUUCGCUUCUGACAUCACCUGCUCAUUUCCCGCCAACGGCAAGUUCACCCCAGACCAGAAGGCGGUUUACGAGGCCGUGCUGCGCAGCUGCCGCGCCGUGAUGAGUGCCAUGAAGCCAGGCGUAUGGUGGCCUGACAUGCACCGCCUGGCUGACCGAAUCCACCUGGAGGAGCUGAGCCGCAUGGGCAUCCUGCGUGGCUGUGUGGACGCCAUGGUCCAGGCCCACCUGGGGGCUGUGUUCAUGCCGCACGGGCUCGGCCACUUCCUGGGCAUUGACGUGCAUGACGUGGGAGGCUACCCUGAGGGCGUGGAGCGCAUCGACGAGCCGGGCCUACGCAGCCUGCGCACUGCACGGCACCUGGCGCCAGGUAUGGUGCUCACCGUGGAGCCAGGCAUCUACUUCAUCGACCACCUCCUGGACGAGGCCCUGGCUGACCCGGCCCGUGCCUGCUUCUUUAACCGCGAGGUCCUGCAGCGCUUCCGCGGGUUUGGUGGGGUCCGUAUCGAAGAGGAUGUCGUAGUGACUGACACGGGCAUGGAGCUGCUCACCUGCGUGCCGCGCACCGUGGAGGAAAUCGAAGCUUGCAUGUCGGGCUCAGACAAGGCCUUUACCCCCUUCUCUAGCCCCAAGUAGAGCCCACCCGGCAUGCCCAGCGGGACUGGGGCCUGGCCACGGCUCUGCACGGCGGGGAGCCUGCUGAUUGGCACCCCCAGCGGGCGAGAUGGUGCUCUGAUGUCCCAACACGGACAUCUGUUCCUGUCAAAUAGUGAUUGCUGAUUCCUAGGCAAGCAAGCCUUUCAUAUUAACCUUCUGCAAGAUGAUAGGCACUUCGCUUUAGGACAGGGACGUACGUGCUGCCUGAUAAUCACCCUGUUCUGCAGUAGCAGCUGAAAUCUCCCGCUGCCGUCUGUGCUGUUUCUCAGGAAAGAUGCCUUUCUGGGGUUUCCUCUUAAAAAUCACUGUGCAGAAUGGAAUUUGCAAUAAAAUGUUUCCGAACGUG